AUGCCCGUCUUGGGCAGAACAAUACUACAGUCCGCCGCGAAUAUUCACGGCGGAACUCCUACCCCUAGCCGAACCAGCGAUGCGAAAGAGGCGUCCGUCCUGUUCAGACCCGAGCUCAGUGCGCUGUACGGAAAGAAGGUGCCAACUGCGGUAAGCUGA